UUGAUCUAUACAAAGUCAAUGCAAUAACCCCUUAAUUCCCUACUUCAUCUGUAAAAUUAAUUUCCUUCAAAACUUUCUCAGAAAUCAGAAUUAAACAAAAGGCAAAAAUACAAUGGUUGUUGGUGAACUGUUUCUUGGCGCAUUCAUCACUGUUGUGAUUGAGAAGCUGGCCUCAGGUGACUUGAUCAGGCUUGCUCAAUCUGCAGGUAUCUAUUCUGAGCUCGACAAGUGGAACCAGAAAUCGGCCCAGAUCCAAGCUGUUCUUGUUGAUGCUGGAGAAAAACACUUAAGACAGACAUCCGUUGAGUUGUGGCUUAACAAACUCAAACAUUUGGUUUACGACAUUGAUGAUGUGCUCGAUGACUUGACAACUGAAGCUACACGGCGCCACAAGAGUCAAAGAUCUUCUGCCAGUACCAGUACAAGUGAGGUAUUUAACAUCAUUCCAACCAAAUUUCAAGCUUUUAAAUAUGGUCGUAAUAUGGGCUCUAAGCUCGACAUGAUUACAACCAAAUUGCAUCAUCUUGUCGAGGAGAAAAAUUUUUUGGGUUUGAGUGAUGAUGUUCGAAGGCCAAAUACAAAAAUCAAAAGAUUGGAAGAAACUUCACUGGUGAAUGUAUCUACAAUUGUGGGUCGGAAAGGGGAUAAAGAGCUAUUGCUAGGGAAGCUGUUGGGAAAUGAAUCAUGUAGUUGGUCUGGGUGGAUUGGCAAAACCACUCUUGCUCAAGUUUUAUAUAAUGAUACAAAAGUGAAGGAUCACUUUGAACUCAAGUCAUAGGUUUGUGUUUCUAUUAUAAACACAAACCUUAAACUUUAAAAAAAACACAUGUAUGAAAAUAAAAAAAACAUGUAUGAAAAUUAGUGUUAAUGUAGCACUAUAAUAUGUUAAUAUCAUAUAA